AUGCUAGAUCCGGACAGGGCGAGCCAAUCGUCCCCCGCGUGCCCCAACCCUCCCCCCAAUCCCCGCGUCAACAACCGCGCGCGGAGAAUGUCUCGUUCUCCACGCGAGCUUAUGUUUUUCGGGUGCUUCCCCCGCACGCAGCGCCCCACUCUUUUCCCCAAACCCCAAACUUCCCUCCUCCCCUUUCCGAGUGGCCCCUGUGGGCCCCGUGGCUCAGCCUCAGGCUGCGAGGCUGAGCUCCUAGUGGUUACGUAA